CGGAGUAGGAGGACAGAUGGAUUUUAUCCGUGGAGCAUCAUUGAGCGAAGGAGGAAAGCCUAUCAUCGCUCUGCCGUCCACUACUAAAAGCGGAAUAUCGAAACUAGUUCCAACAUUGAAAGUUGGUGCAGGUGUAGUGACUACGCGUGCCCACGUUCAUUAUGUAGUAACGGAAUAUGGUAUUGCCGAUCUUUAUGGAAAGAAUAUUGCGCAGCGUGCUAAAGCCAUCAUUCAAAUAGCGCAUCCCAAUCACCGAGAAGAAUUGGAGCGACAGUCGUACGAUUUGUAUGGAAAGUGCUGCAGUGAUGAUGUUUACAAAAUCACUAAAGAGGCGGUGAAGGUAGAAAAGGCAGAACCUAAUGCUUGUCCUCAUCACGGACAAGAAAUGGGAUACGGUUAUCAUCAUUGCAUGGGCGAUACAUCUCGUAAGCCGGCAUACAUGCGUAAUCACAGAUUUUUUGGAACGAUUGAUUUUCGUCCGGGGAUCAAUAACAUUGGAUUGCGUUUAGUACGUGCGACUCAAAAUGUUACUAUGCAAUAUGUAUCGGCUGAAGAAGCAGUUGGACUGAUAAAGAAUAAUGAACGGGUGUUUAUUCAUGGUGGUUGUGCUACUCCGGAGCGAUUAGUAAAUGCGCUCACCCAUAGAAACAAGGAGUUAAGCGGCAUUGAAAUCACACACAUGCAUACCGAAGGUGAAGCGCCAUAUGCUCGUCCCGAAUUUUCUGAGGCUUUUCAUGUGAAUGCAUUCUUUAUUGCGAAAAAUAUUCGGCAGUAUGUGAACGAACAACAUGUACAAUACAUACCUAUGUUCUUGAGUGAAAUUCCGAUGUUUAUUCGCAGUGGUAAAUUCCCAAUUGAUACAGCAUUGAUACACGUUAGUCCGCCUGAUCAGCAUGGCUAUUGUUCAUUAGGCGUAUCUGUUGAUAUAGCUCGUUCUGCAUGUGAUAUGGCAACGAAAAUCAUUGCGCUUGUCAAUCCGAGAAUGCCUAGAACCAUUGGUGAUAGUAUGAUUCACGUGUCGCGCAUUACAGCA